UUUUUUUUUUGCCGCUGUUCCUUUGUGGAUCUUGCCGCGUUGUGGGGAUCUGGAGAAAGAUAACGGAUUCUACCAGCCCAGAGAGGAAACCCCGCCGUUCCCUCUAUUUGAUGCGCACAUGUACGCGUUGCGGUGCGGUUGUCUAGCGAGCAGCGUUGACUCGAGGCCCGCCUGCAAAGCCUUUUUGUCGGACUCCUAUUUGAUAAGAGCUCAGUAGCUAUCUGAGCUGACGGCGGUGAUGAUGAUGAUGAUGGUGGUGGUGAUGUAUCUGAGGAUUUAUCCCGGCGUCUUUCACUGAGAUGGAGCCAGCGACGAUCGAGUGGAGCUUCUUACUAGCCAGCAAGGAUCCGGAGAGCUAAAUGGGUGCAAAAGCUAUUUUACCGCACGGGGAAUUCUUUAACAUUAUCACCUCAGCCCAGAUCAGAUUUAAAACACUUAACACGAUGCUGACUGUGGAAAAUUGCUAAUUUUUGGUUAGCCACACCAUUUAUUUCGCUUCAGCGACCAUUCUUAACCCCAGGCUGUCCUUGGAUGCUUCAGUGACAUUAAUUGGACGGCGCGUUUCAGGAUGGCACAGCUGUUGGACUGUGCCGGCAACCUGAGCUGGAUUCUCCUUAGGUCCGUGGUCCGUUUCACGUUCAUGUUCUUCAACAACUGUGUAGCCAUCCCGUCCUACUGCUUAUACCUGCUGCUCCUUCAGCCGCUGAGAAUAUGGGACCGCUCCACUUUCUGGCACAUCGAAGGGGUCAUGUUCAAGUGGCUGCUGGCCAUGGUGUCUUCGUGGGGCUGGGUGGCAGGUUAUACAGUCACUGAGUGGGGGGAUGAUGUUCGGCCCAUCUCAGAAGAAGAAGCCAUGGUCAUCGUCAAUCAUCAAUCCACGGGAGACGUUUGCACUCUAAUGAUGUGCCUGCAAGACAAGGGCACGGUGGUACGGAAAAUGAUGUGGUUGAUGGACCACGUGUUCAAGUACACCAAUUUUGGUGUAGUGUCCCUAAUCCAUGGGGACUUUUUCAUCAGACAGGGUAAAGCUCACAGAGACAAGCAGCUGGUCUACUUGAAAGAGCACCUUGAAAAAUACUACCACAGCCGCGACAGGAAGUGGAUAGUUCUUUUCCCCGAGGGUGGCUUCCUCAGGAAGAGGCGAGAAACUAGCCAGUUGUUUGCCAAGAAACACUCUCUCCCCCACCUGACCCAUGUCACGUUGCCUCGUCUCGGGGCCUCCCACGUUAUCCUGAAGACCCUGUCGGCCCAGCAGGAGAAUGGCAGCAUAGGCGCUGGCACUGGAACCAGAAACCAAACAGCUAAUAAAAGUAAAGGCCUGCAGUGGGUUAUAGAUGUGACCAUAGCGUACCCCAAAGCAAGACCAAUGGACAUCCAGACCUGGAUCUUUGGCUACAGGCCUCCUACAGUCACACAUGUACACUACAGGAUGUACCCGAUCAAAGAGGUUCCUGUUGAGGCAGAAGCGCUGACCGACUGGCUGUAUCAGAGGUUUGUGGAGAAAGAAGAGCUGCUGGCCCGCUUCUAUGACACAGGAUCAUUCCCUCCUCCAGAAGGCCAGAAGGAGGCAGUGUCCCGGCCGAUGACCCUUGACCCCAUGUGGCUGUGCAUGGUCCAGUCGUUUGCUUUUGCCUCCGGCUACAUUUGGUACAACGUCCUCCAGUACCUCUACUGCUGUUUAUUUUGAGAGCGCCGAUGAGCCGAGAGUCUCUCAUCGGACCACUGGAGAAGCCUCAGGAUCGGUCGGUGUGUGACCCAUCGUCACGCUUACCCCCCUCCCUCUACGAUGGAUGAAUGUACACCUGCUACAGUGGAGAGAUUAACAGGGAACAACAGCAAAAAUCACUAGAAACACCCGUAGAAAAACAGUCCCAGAGGUAGUCGACUUGCACACGCUCGCUCCAGCUGAAUAAUCUCACCCCUCACAUUUUAAUGUUUACACGCCACCCCCCCACCCCCCACCCCACCCACCCACUCACCCCCAUUCAUGUAGACGUGUACAUGACUUUUACUCGAGUUAAUGAAACGAGGCUCAGGACUCCACCAGAAGGCGCUCUGGACCGGACCAGACUCCCCUCCGAGGCUUUAGGAGCAGCAGCUCUACGGAGGAAGUACGGACAAAAACGUGAACAGGUAACAUUGGAUUAGAUGUAAAACGCCCUUACUCUUCUUCCUCGUGAGAGUCGUUGAAGCCCAGCGGACCUCUCUGGCUGGCGACACGUCCCAGAGCGACGCAGCUCCUCUGGCCUUCAUUGCACUAAGGAUCCAUACGCGCCCCCCCCACCCCCCACCCCCCCCACCCCACUCCCGCCCUAGGAAAGACUCCAAAAAUGGUAGCUGUCGAUGUUUUUAUUUAUUUAUUCCCCUGACCCGCAUAUCUUCACAACAACGGCCAUUGUAUUUGUUGUUGAUGGGUUAUUUUUUUUAUUAUUUCUCCAUCGUCAGGACCGUUCUUGUCUUCUGUGGCGGGUUUAUUUUUUUCUUUUUUUUUUCUUUCAGCUUGCUGUUGAUAAAAAGAUGGAUCUUGUUCAAAAGGAUGAUCACUUUGAGUAAAAAUUGUUAUUAAAAAAAAAAGCUAAAUAAUCCUGAUUUUCAAAACAUAAAAGGCAGGGAAAGCUCUGAGAAUUCUUCGUCUCGCCCUCUCUGCUGUUGCUGUUAGCGUCUAAAAAUGCGCACAAACCCUGAGCCGGUGAGGAGAACUCCCCCUAAUGGACUUCACAGAUAUUUAAGCCAUAUGCUUAACGUCGGCAGUGGGAAAAAGACCUUUUUUGUUUGUUUUUAUAGAAGCUAUCCCGAUGUUCUGCGUUCUACUGUAGAGAUUUUGGCAAACAGAAUCGUAGGUGUCAAAAACUGUAAAUUUACAGCAUAACCUGCCUAAGUGAGUGUGUGUGGUUGUCUUUACCCCUCAUUUUUAUAUAUAUAUAUGACUCAUGUCGUGUUGCUCUGUGACGUUUGAAUCCAGAUUCACCUCCAGUGGUCGACAUUUCAUUCUUUUAGAGGACUUGAACCGUUCUUUUCAACGCGUAUGUUUAAAUCUUGUACAUAAAGUUGAGAAAAUGUGGGAAGUGACUGCAGUGUCUACCCUGACUUUUAUAUUUUUUUUUUUGGCCUGUAAUAAUUUUAAUAAUUCUAAUUUGUUUAUUCAGUAUUACCCUAUGUUUUCCUUUUUUUUUUAUGGAAGAACUCUCAAGCCUUAUCACUAUCUUAAAUAAUGCAGUUUCCUCACACUCCUAUGUGGCACCUUUGUAUUUUUUAUGAAAAUGGUGUCGAGAUAAAAGUGGGCCAAUCGAGGGGAGCUUUCCUAAACUGUUGUUGUGAGGUCAGAUUAAUUAGUAGCUUAAUAAUUCUGCUUUAAUUAUUAAAACGAUGGAGGAACAAUCGUUAUAUCAUUGUCAGAAUAAUGCAAAAAAGGUGCAUUUUCGUUGCUGUCCUCCUGCUGUGCCACUGUUGGUAAAAACUGUGUGAAAUAAAAAAAAGGGCUACCUGUUCAGGUAGGUGAGAACAUUUCAGACCCCCUCUUUCAUUGUGAGAGUGACUUGAAAUUAAAACAUCGUCCAUUUUUUUUCUUCUUUUAUGUUCAACCGUGUUUCCAAAGAAAGCAGGAAAAUGACGUUCUUCUAGGAGUGGGUUUAGGAAAUGAACACAAUGGAGGAUUUAAACAUGUACUAGAAUCGACUUUAAUUUUCCAUUUUGUACUUCUCAUUUAAUUCCUAGCUACACAGCCAUUUUACAACACAAGGAACUUGUGCUGGAAUAAAACAUCAUAAAGACCCUAA